UCCAGUCAACUUCGAACCUAUCUAAAAAUUAUUUUUUAACAUAAGUCUAUAAAUAAAGGCUACGCACACGAAGUGUUACUACUUUCAAUGGCCAAGAAAAUAACAUUUGACCAGAUGUGCCUGGGAGUUCCCGUUCACUCGGAUUCCUACGAAGUCAGAAGCGGUUCAACGACAUCAAAAGAGAAAAUUAAAGAAACCGUAAUAACAAAUAUCGAACUAGCUGAAAUGCUUAAAAAAAAGGUCAAGACCGCUAUGCCGGCUUUUUUUCCGAAGGAUCCCUCCAGUUCAGAUGAAUCCGAUGAUUUAGAUUACCCAGAGACUGUACUUGAAAGGGCGCGUCGUAUUUCCUUUACCCGCCGCCGGAAAUUGCACUACAAUGAGUACACAACGGUAGAGUUGGCCAGGCGCCUUAUCCGCGAGGAGUUCACCUCAUCGUCGGAAGGUCGACAAAGCGAUUAUAAGGUCUAUGUUCCGGAAACCGUAUCCGAGGAGUGUUCUCCCUGCGAAGACGACCAAGUCGAAUUUUAUUCUACCUUCCAGUAUGAACGGUCCAGCGAAUUUUCACACAUUUCCGAUGAUAGCUUGCCCAAGGAGGAUCCAGAGCCGGGACUUGAUCCUACUCAUCAUUGCUACAAGAAGCUUGUCGGUGAUAUUGAUGGGACGCCGGUGUUGUAUGUUCCUGUUGAAAUCGAAUCGGUACAUCCAACCACACCACCCACUCUACCUGAAGAAUUCCCGGAGGAGGAGCAGAAGGAGGAGGAGGAGGAGGAGGAGAAACCAAGACCAAAACUAAAAAAAAAAGAUUUGGAAAAAGAAAAACGUACACAGGUCAUUGACCGCGGCGAAAAAAUAGACCUCCACUCUAUACAAGGGAGUGUCCGUUCGGAUUUAAAAAAGUCUCGUGGUGGAAAAACACGCACUUUAUAAGCUUUCAUUAAUUUAUUAAAAGUGGACUAUGCUAUGCAUAGUUUAUAAUAUAUGACCUGGGAAUAAAAAAUAUUUGCCAAUGUAAUUGGUUAAAUAGAUACAAAAAGAGUUCAUUGGUUUGGUUUUCAAUAUUUAAUAAAGUUAUUUGUGGAGCAAAAUAGG